CCACAUGUUGCAGUAGACAUUCAGAGUAGAACUCGAGCUAACUCAUCAAUGGCGACCAUGUCUGCGCCGGUAGAGCAAGUCCUUCACAUGACGGGCGGAGAUGACGAAACAAGCUACGCCAACAACGCUUUAAUAACGCAAAAGGUGAUGAUGAGAGCAAGACCUAUACUUGAAGAAAGCAUCCAGAAGAUGUACUCCACCAAUCUUCCAAUGACUUGUUUGAAAGUGGCAGAUUUAGGGUGUUCUUCGGGGAAAAAUGCGCUUUUGGCGGUAUCUAACAUCAUCAAAAUUGUGGAUGAAAUGAGUGACAGGUUGAAGGUUGAGACACCCACGUUUCAAAUCUUCUUGAAUGAUCUGUUUGGGAAUGAUUUCAAUUCAAUCUUCAAGUCAGUGCCAGAGUUCUAUGAAAGGAUAAAGCAGGACAAGGCAGAGAAACAGCAUGGUACAACAUGUUUGAUCAAUGCAACGCCUGGCAGUUUCUAUGGCACUCUCUUCCCCUCCAAUUCUAUCCAUUUCUUCCAUUCCUCUUACUCUCUCCAUUAUAUAUCUCAGGCUCCAAAAUGGUGGAGUGAUGAGGAAGCAAAGUUAGGAGAUGAUGAAGAUAACAAUAUUUAUGUGACAAGCAACAGUCCUCCAUCAUACUCUGAGCAGUUUAGGAAAGAUUUCAAUUUGUUUGUAAGAUCACGUUCUCGGGAAUUGGUGCUUGGGGGUGGUAUGCUCCUCACAUUUGCUGGUAGAUAUGAUACUCCUCAAGAUAUAACUGCUCCGGGGCUCAUUCGUAUGAUCCUCAAUAACAUGGUCUCACAGAAUUUGAUUGAAGAGGCAAGGUUGGCGCAUUUCAAUGUGCCAUUUUAUACUGCUACAGAAAACGAGGUUAGAGAAAUAAUAAAAGGAGAAGGGUCUUUUAGUAUUGAAAGAUUUGAGAGCAUCAAAACAAGUUGGGAUGGAUCGAGCCUAGAUGAAGAAGGCAUAGAGAGUUUUGAGGAUGAUGAUGAGAGAGGGGAAUUCGUAGCCAGAUAUGUAAGAGCAAUCUUUGAACCUCUUUUGAAGGUACAUUUCGGAGAAGGAGUCAUGGAUGAACUCUUCCUUAGAUUUAAGAACAAGGUUAUCCAAUUCCUGCCCAAGUUGGUGUAUAAUGCUUUCGUCAUAUCUCUUGUUAAAAUUGCUUGAAUGAGAGUCAUACUGACAUAGCUAAAUGUCUUUCAAUAAUCAAUAAUCUAAUGCUAGUUGGGUGUGGAGAGCAUCUUGGGAUGAGGAGGACAAUACAUGUGGGCCUAUGAUUUCAAGAGGAUGCGUAAAAAAAAAAAAAAGCAUUAGGGGAAAACUAUUCAAGUCUUCCCAUUAAUGGAGAUGAACUGUGUUUCUUUGUUGAUUUUGCUGCUGUAACUAUGGUCCAUAAGUCAAAGUGUUGUUUGGAUAUUUUUAAUGAAUACUUGAGAGUCGUUUUAUGUAUUUUCAGUAUCUCUGCGUCGUUCACGUCAAGCCAAGAUACUUACUAAUGUUCUUCACAUGUGUACUUGAGCUAUUGGUUGAACACAGAUUUAAUUUGUUA